AUGCAACAACCUGCUGGUAAUUAUUCUCUUGAAAAGGACAAAGAAAUACUCUGGGAAGAGUGGCACGUGAAUGUGGAAACUGAGCAACCCCAGAGUGGACCAGAGGACAGCAACUUGGACAAUGUCCCCCAGAAGCUUCCGGCAAUGGACCCCCUUGGCUCCAUAGGGAACACAGAGUCUCCCCACCCAGAGGUGCAGCCCAGAGGCACUGAGGCCUCUCCUCAGCCCCCACUGAGAAGCCUGCAGAGGAAGCACUGUGAGAACCAGGGCAAUCUUCUCCAGUUUGACCGGCAAGCCCCAGGCCGCAUUUCCACCUCUCCGACUUUGAGGAGAUUAAGAGGCAGUAGGUGUGGGACCUGGAACUCUAUGCCUCACCAGGACACCUUGGAAGUGCCCACCUGGAAGGAACCUGCAAGCUCCAUGUGUUAUCUUCCCAAGAGUCUACCUGGAAGCCCAAAGGACUAUUCCCCCUCCAUAUCGUCUUUGAGACUCAGCGAUCUAAGAUUGCCUUCUGAUUCUGAAAGGACCCUCAACACAGCUGGCUCAGUAGAGCCCCAAAUUGGGCCUUCUGAUAAGCAGGCCCCUCCCAGGCUUCAGCCCGUCAGCAAGGGGACACUUCACCAGGCUUCUCCUCCACCCAGCCCCACCUCACCAUGCCCAAGUCCUCAGGUAACACAGCUCUAA